AUGCCACACAAUGGAAAGAGUACCGCAAUCGAGGAGGACUUGCGACAGGGCUGUCCGACUACGACAGCAAGCGCCGUGGAGGACGAGCCCGAAGGCCUUCUCUUUUGGUUGGAAAGUACGGACGCCAACAUUCAGACAGCCUUCGUUUCGUCGUUGCCGUUACCGCUACCGUCAGACUGCAACAGUUUAGUCCGUAGAGGAGGAUCCGAUCCCCAUUUUCGUUCCCACCUGACGUUGACUUGUAGCUUCCGGAAGAUCGACUCCGGAUCCUCCUCUACGGAAUCACCCAACGCGAAGGGUCCUGCCGAGUCCAAAUCGGACAUAUCCUGGACCCUCUAUAUCAAUGCAGCGACCAACGUUACCGGUACAGUCGAACGCUUUGUUUCGCGUUUUCUUCUCCGCAUACAGCUGCAGUCGAUCCGAUUCCUCCAACCAACAAGGAUUCUGGUACACAACACGCACGGUGGGGAGCUCUGUCUGGGACCGUCGGUCUGGCAAGCCUUUGUCGAAACACUCUCCCCCAAUCACUACCGCAAUCACACGAACCAUUCCACCGACACCAAGUCAAGCAUAUCUACCAUAAAUCUGGAAUUGGUCAAUCUGAAUCUGUCCCCUUUACACUGCGAUAUUUUGGCACGGGCGGAUCUGCGACGGAUCCAUUUAACCUUGCGCUUGUGUUUCGUGCAAGAUACCCAUCGUGCAUUGCUACGCGCCGUAGCCUCCAACGGCAGUACUGACGCGUCCCAGGUACGGGGCUUGCGCGGUUUGACGCUGUCGGACGUGAUCUUUGGAUCGUCCGACUAUAAAAUUGCUUUAUGGGAUGCACUAGGAUCGAGUACAUUCUUGCGGCACUUUCAACCGUGUCCCGUUGCCAAUCCGCACGACCACGAUUACUACCAAGCCAUGCUCAAGGCACUGACUCAACAGAACACCGCCCUCCAAACCCUCAACCUUUCGCAUCACGUCAUGAGCGACGCAACGUGGACGCAACUGUGUCAAUACACGUUGGCGUCGCAUCCUACCCUUGAAAGUCUAGACGUACGGGGAUGUCUAGUGUCGCCCGAGAUUGCGUUCGCAACACUGUACGAGAAUAAUAACGGUAGCGGUGUCAAGACACCACUGCAAAAAAAUGGCGAUUCCCAAUCUUCCGAUGCGAUGCCAACGGUACCGCGCACACGGGUGCUCUUGGAACUCGUCCGGACUAAUCCUCGCAUUCGACAUAUUCGGUACAGCAGCGACGGUGCUCACGCCGACAAUGACGUACCACCUUCGCAUUUGCGAUCCACUCUAGAAACCGCCCUGUGCCACAAUCGCUACCGGGACGCCGUGUCGACCUUUCUAGACGCAAGUCGGGACGGAUCGAAACUCUCGUUGCUCCCUAACGCUCUCGCCAAGAUGCAAACCGAGCCGGACUGCAUGGCGGCAGCAAGUCUUUCCUACACAUUACUGUCGCAAACAAUCGAUAUUUUGCGGCUGUAA